AUGGGCAACUGCAUCGCAAGAUCACCAAAGGUCCAACAAAACCGUAGUAGUGCUGGCAAAGAAGUGAUGAUGUCGAACAUCACAGUGCACCUGCCAGAAAACGCCACUUCGCUUUCGGCAACAGCAGUAGUCCGAAGUAGUGACCUGCUCCAUAUUGCUGAGCCCUCCGAUGGAUCAUUUGUUACCCUAUACCCUGCUUUGGAAUUCUCGUGCCAAAGACUGCCGAAUAAUAAUGAUAACAACACCACAAUGGAUCCUGCUGCCUCCUCAACAGCACAAAAGUCACCAGUAGGGAAGACACCACCACGGCCCACAAAUGUCAGGCAGUGUAAUGAUGAUGGCAGUAUUACUGCAACCAAAACCUUGCUCCUCAGGCACUCGCAUUCGCAUUCCGAGAAAAGGUCUUCAAGUGGUCCCUUAACCGCGGAUGCUGCAAAUACCUCCUAUUCGAGGCCAGUUCCUCGGAUGUGUGCUCGAGAGGCAUGA